AUGUCUUCUGUUUCUAUCACGGAAAAACGUCGUGUCGCCAUUGCUUAUGAUGGCAGUGAAGAUGCAAAAAAACUGUUUGAUUGGUCUGUAAAAAAUGUCGUUCGUCCCAAUACCGAUCAUAUCAUCCUUUUAUCAGCUGUCCAACGCUCAAAAUUACCGAUGCUAUCGACUACGGCUUCCAGAGUGAACGAAGCAAUCAAAGCUACGGAGCAACAUCCUCAGGGUAAAACAGCACGAGAGAGAUUAGAGGCAAUGUCUCAUCAACUGCAACAGGCGAAUAUCUCGAGCGAAGUUCAUAUUUUAUGGGGUGAUGCCAAGACCUUAUUGCCGCGUUACACUAAAGCGCAUAAUGUCGACUUACUCGUUGUAGGUUCUCGUGGUUUAGGUGCAGUAAAGAGUGUUUUUCUGGGCUCUGUAUCUGACGCCUGCCUUAAAGAAUGCCCCUGUCCUGUACUGGUUGUGCGUAAUACAACUAUUUAA